GGGUGAUCGAUCUCGCGCGCCUGGGUGUGUAAGCUACGGAACGCUUGGACACCAAGCUCGUGGGCAUUGCGAGCUGCUUUCAGAGAUUCUCACUUAGCACUCUGGCGCGUCUUGCAAGCGAGAGGGCUGUCUGUGCAAGCGGAAGAGCUAUGUGAACAAGCAGGCGUACGCCUAUAAGAUGCAUCCAGAGGCUACAAGAGGGCACAUCCUCAACCCCUUCGCUACUUCCCGGCUUCACUAAGUUCGACUCUUCGCAAUGUUCAAUCGCAUCCAAAUUGCCGUCUUGUUCGGCAUUGCGUCCUUUGCCAUCUACAAAGCCCCCUCGUUGUUGAACCAAGGUGAGCUUUUCGACCGCUCCUGUCAGAGCUCCUCUUCAUUCUCACCAUCUGAAGUAGGACAGUCUACGACGCCUACCGUCCACGAAGUGUACGCCUUCCCGGUCAACACCUCCGUCGAGAAUCUCGCCGUCCGACGGUCAGGCGAAGUCCUCGCCACAGUUGACUCUGCUCCUGAGCUCUGGCAUAUCAAGCCGUUCAGCAGCGAGAAGCCGACGCUCGUUCAUGAUUUCCCGGGCUACGAGAGUCUGCUUGGCAUCGUGGAGGUCGAGGACGACCAAUUCUACGUCGCCGCGGGUAACUUCUCCGUCUUCACGCUCGCGUCCGCGAAGGGCUCCUACGCUAUCUUCCACGUAGACAUGGCCCCCUUCCGCGCCUCGCAUGGCACUGUGCAGACUCCGGCCGUCAUUAAGAAGGUCACUGACGUCCCCGAGGGCGAGCUGCUGAAUGGACUGGGCCUUUUCUCCAGAGAGAAGGGUCUGGUUUACGUCGCAGACUCCGGCUCGGGCAUCAUCUACCUCCUGAACGUGCGCACCGGCGCAUACUGGCCCGCCAUCCACGACGCGCUCAGCGUGAAGGGCGACCCGUACCCUUACUAUCCCGCCGCCAACGGCGUGCGCUACGACGCGCGCGGGCGCGCGGUGUACUUCACGAACGUCGCGCAGGCCGUCUUCGCGCGCGUGCCCGUGUUCGCGAACGGCAGCGCGAACGGCGCAGCGGAGGUGGUGGCGUCUGGGGAGCUGUACGACGACUUCGUGCUGGAUGAGGAGGCGAAUGCACUCGUCGCUGUCUUCGGCAGCAGCGAUGUGAUCCGGAUCGAUGGGCGGACUGGGGAGAGCACGGUCAUCGCAGGGAGCACGAACAGUACCGACCUGCAAGCGGCGACGGCUGUGGCCUGGGGCCGCACGAAGCGCGAUAACCGCAACCUCUACGUGUCGAGGAAUGGAGGUGUUGUCGGAUUUCCUACACCGGUGGGCGGGGCCGUUAUGCGCAUAGAUCUGUAGCGGAUUACUUGGCGCAAGGAUGCCCGCGUUUAAGUACAGGAGACUGAAAAUGACAAUGUAUGUCUCGAUCUUCGAUGGCUCGCUCCCUCGUCCAGUUUACACGAGGAUGAGUCCGGUUGUAGCA